GAGCUGACCGACUUUUUCAAGACGAAUUUUCUGCCCGAAGGGUUUCCGGACAGCGUGGCUCCGUCGUUCGUGCCGUACAUGCGGUGGCGCGCCUUGCAGUAUUUCUUUGGCGGCGCGAUGGGCGUCUUCACCACGCGCUCGCUGCUGCACGCCUUGGGGGUAUCGCGCGGCGCGGGCGGCGGCGGCGCGGCGGCGAGCGCGCUGGCGGUGAACUGGGUGCUCAAGGACGGCGCGGGGCGGCUGGGGAAGAUGCUGUUCGCGCGCCACGGGAAGCGGUUCGACUGCGACUUGAAACAGAUGCGCUUUCUGAGCAACAUGCUGCUUGACUUCGGUUGCUGUGUCGAGCUCUGCACCAUGGCCGCCCCCUCUUUCUUCCUCCCUCUCGCCUGCGUCGCCAACGUCUUCAAGAACAUCGGAGCCGUUACCAACACAUCGACCCGUGCGCCCAUCUACAAGGCGUUUGCUCGCCGAGAGAACAUCGGAGACAUUACGGCCAAAGGGGAGAGCAUCAGCAACCUCGCUGACCUGAUGGGAACAGGAGCCGGCAUUCUCAUUGCGAGGAGCAACCCUCACCUUGCCGCCACCUUCGCGCUCCUCUCUUGCGGCUACCUCUUUGCAUCGUUCAAUGAGGUCAAGUCAGUGCAAGUGCCCACGCUCAACCGCGCUCGCUUCGCCGUGGCGGUGCGCUCCUUCCUGGAAACGGGGCAGGUGCCAUCGCUGGCAGAGGCCAACGCCAGGGAGCGCAUCCUCGUGCUGCCGUGGGCCGUGGACCGGCCCCUUGAGCUGGGCGCACGGGUUGCGGAUUCCUUCAGAAGCCCUGCUGACCUGCUGGCAUCACAGGCCAUCUUCAAGGACGAGCAGUACAUUGUGACCUACCGCCCGAACCAUCGGAGGGCGUACGUCGUCCUCAAGGAAGGAGCCAAAUCAAGAGACGUGGUGCGGGCGGCCUUCCAGACGCACGUGCUGCUGCACCUGCUGGACCAAUGGCGGCAGGACACCUGUCAGCAGCCGCUGCUGAGUCACCACCAGCCCCUGCUGACUCACCACCACUCACCAGCCUCCUCCCCCAAAUCCUCCCACCUUUCCCCUGAAUCCUCCGCCAAAGACCUAACUCCAAACAACUUCAGCCCAACAACCCUCACCUCAACCGACCUCUCCCCAACCUCUCUCACCAGCAGCUCUCCAGGCAGAUGGGCACCCAAGGAGAUCAGCCCCAAGGGCCCUCGGGCGUGGCAAAAGUCGCUCACAUCAGCAGAGGUGGAGCGGGCAGUGGCAGAGAGCCUAGAGCUCACCAGAGCCCUGUUUGGGGCGUUUGAGGAGAGGGCUGCUGCUGAGGGAUGGACCAUGGCGGAUUCGUUGCUCAACCCUGGGAAGGCCCGGGUGCUGACUGGUCCCCCGAUGGCACGGAUGGUGCAUGCUGCUGCUGUUCCUUCUGCUGCUGCUGCUGCUGCUGCUGCUGCUGCUGGUAGUACUGGUGCUGGGGUUGCUUCUGCUGCUGCUGGAGCUUCCUAUGCAGGCACAUCUGUCGAUGGUUGUGCUCCGGUGACUCUCCCGGUGACUCUCCCUCCGCUCUCUGCCUCUGGCCGGGUUGCUCUCAAGCCACGGUCGCACGGUCGAGGGUCAAGUAUAUCCCUUCCGACUGUUGCUCUCCCUUCCGCCGUCGCUCUCCCUUCCGCCCGUCGCCCUUCUUUCCCCCUCGUCGCCCUGCCUUCCGUCCGUCGCCCACCCUUGUUCCCGUCGCCCUCCCUUCCCGUCGCCCUCCCUUCCCGUCGCCCUCCCUUCCCGUCGCCCUCCCUUCCCGUCGCCCUCCCUUCCCGUCGCCCGCGCUUCUUCCCGUCGCCCUCCCUUCCCGUCGCCUUCCCUUCCCGUCGCCCGCGCUUCUUCCCGUCGCCCUCCCUUCCCGUCGCCCUCCCUUCCCGUCGCCCUCCCUUCCCGUCGCCCUCCCUUCCCGUCGCCCUCCCUUCCCGUCGCCCUCGCUUUCCCCGUCGCCCUGCCAUCCACUCCCCGUCGCCCUCGCCUUCCCUCCCGUCUCCCUUCCCAUCUCGCACACUUGUCACCCUCCCUUUUCUCUCCCUACUCCCUCUUUUCCCUCCCUCCAAUAAUCGCCUUCCUUCCCCCAACUUAUACCCCUUCCCUGCUUCCCCCCAUCCCCUGCGCUGCUUUCCCCCAUCCUCUUCAUUCUUUCCCCGUAUCCCCAGCCCUGCUUCCCCCCAUCCCCUUCCCUGCUUCCCCCCAUCUCCUUCCCUUCUUCCCCCCAUCUCCGUCCCUGCUUCCCCCCAUCCCCCUCCCUGCUUCCCCCCAUACCCCUUCCCUGCUUCCCCCCAUCCCCUUCCCUGCUUCCCCCCAUCCCCUUCCCUGCUUCCCCCCAUCCCCUUCCCUGCUUCCCCCCAUCCCCUUCCCUGCUUCCCCCCAUCCCCUUCCCUGCUUCCCCCCAUCCCCUUCCCUGCUUCCCCCCAUCCCCUUCCCUGCUCCCCCCCAUCUCCAUCCCUGCUUCCCCCAUACCCCUCCCUGCUUCCCCCCAUCCCCCUCUCUGCUUCCCCCCAUACCCCUCCCUGCUUCCCCCCAUCCCCUUCCCUGUUCCCCCCCAUCCCCUUCCCUGCUUCGCCCCCAUCCCCCUCCCUGCUUCCCCCCAUCCCCUUCCCUGCUCCCCCCCAUCCCCUUCCCUGCUCCCCCCCAUUCCCUUCCCUGCUUCCCCCCAUCCCCUUCCCUGCUUCCCCCCAUCCCCUUCCCUGCUCCCCCCCAUCUCCAUCCCUGCUUCCCCCCAUACCCCUCCCUGCUUCCCCCCAUCCCCCUCUCUGCUUCCCCCCAUACCCCUCCCUGCUCCCCCCCAUUCCCCUCCCUGCGUCCCCCCAUACCCCUUCCCUGCUUCCCCCCAUCCCCUUCCCUGCUUCCCCCCAUCCCCUUCCCUGCUUCCCCCCAUCCCCUUCUCUGCUUCCCCCCAUCCCCUUCCCUGCUUCCCCCCAUCCCCUUCCCUGCUUCCCCCCAUCCCCUUCCCUGCUUCCCCCCAUCCCCUUCCCUGCUUCCCCCCAUCCCCCUCCCUGCUUCCCCCCAUACCCCUUCCCUGCUUCCCCCCAUCCCCUUCCCUGCUUCCCCCCAUCCCCUUCCCUGCUUCCCCCCAUCCCCUUCCCUGCUUCCCCCCAUCCCCUUCCCUGCUCCCCCCCAUCUCCAUCCCUGCUUCCCCCCAUACCCCUCCCUGCUUCCCCCCAUCCCCCUCUCUGCUUCCCCCCAUACCCCUCCCUGCUUCCCCCCAUUCCCCUCCCUGCGUCCCCCCAUACCCCUUCCCUGCUUCCCCCCAUCCCCUUCCCUGCUUCCCCCCAUCCCCUUCCCUGCUUCCCCCCAUCCCCUUCUCUGCUUCCCCCCAUCCCCUUCCCUGCUUCCCCCCAUCCCCUUCCCUGCUUCCCCCCAUCCCCUUCCCUGCUUCCCCCCAUCCCCUUCCCUGCUCCCCCCAAUCUCCAUCCCUGCUUCCCCCCAUCCCCCUCUCUGCUUCCCCCCAUACCCCUCCCUGCUUCCCCCCAUCCCCUUCCCUGUUCCCCCCCAUCCCCUUCCCUGCUUCCCCCCCAUCCCCCUCCCUGCUUCCCCCCAUCCCCUUCCCUGCUCCCCCCCAUCCCCUUCCCUGCUCCCCCCCAUUCCCUUCCCUGCUUCCCCCCAUCCCCUUCCCUGCUUCCCCCCAUCCCCUUCCCUGCUCCCCCCCAUCUCCAUCCCUGCUUCCCCCCAUACCCCUCCCUGCUUCCCCCCAUCCCCCUCUCUGCUUCCCCCCAUACCCCUCCCUGCUUCCCCCCAUCCCCUUCCCUGUUCCCCCCCAUCCCCUUCCCUGCUUCCCCCCCAUCCCCCUCCCUGCUUCCCCCCAUCCCCUUCCCUGCUCCCCCCCAUCCCCUUCCCUGCUCCCCCCCAUUCCCUUCCCUGCUUCCCUCAUCCCCUGCCCUGCUUCCCCAUGUCCCCUGCCCUGCUUCCCCCAAUCCCCUUCCCUGCUUCCCCCCAUCUCCUUCCCUUCUUCCCCCCAUCUCCGUCCCUGCUUCCCCCCAUCCCCCUCCCUGCUUCCCCCCAUACCCCUCCCUGCUUCCCCCCAUCCCCUUCCCUGCUUCCCCAUGUCCCCUUCCCUGCUUCCCCCCAUCCCCUUCCCUGCUUCCCCAUGUCCCCUUCCCUGCUUCCCCCAUCCCCUUCCCUGCUUCCCCCCAUCCCCUUCUCUGCUUCCCCCCAUCCCCUUCCCUGCUUCCGCCCAUCCCCUUCCCUGCUUCCCCCCAUCCCCUUCCCUGCUUCCCCAUGUCCCCUUCCCUGCUUCCCCCCAUCCCCCUCCCUGCUUCCCCAUGUUCCCUUCCCUGCUUGCCCCCAUCCCCUUCCCUGCUCCCCCAUGUCCCCUUCCCUGCUUUCCCCCAUCCCCCUCCCUGCUUCCCCCCAUCCCCUUCCGUGCUUUUCCCCCUCCCGUUUCCAUCGCUUUCCCCCUCCCGUCGCCCUCGCUCUCCCCCUCCCGUCGACCUCGCUUUCCCCCUGCUCACCCCCAUUCCCCCUGCUCACUCUCUUUCCCUCUGCUCACUCUCUUCCCCCUUUCUCACUCUGCCCCCCCUUCCUCACUCUGUUUCCCCCUGCUCACUCUCUCCUGCUCACUCUAAUCCCCCCUGUUCUGUUCCCCCCUGCUCUAUUCCCCCCCGCUCUAUUCCCCCCUGCUCUAUUCCCCCCUGCUCUAUUCCCCCCUGCUCUAUUCCCCCCCUGCUCUAUUCCCCCCUGCUAUAUUCCCCCCUGCUCUAUUCCCCCUUGCUCUAUUCCCCCCUGCUAUAUUCCCCCCUGCUCUAUUCCCCCCUGCUCUGUUCCCCCCUGCUAUAUUCCCCCCUGCUCUAUUCCCCCCUGCUCUGUUCCCCCCUGCUCAAUACCCCCCUGCUCUAUUCCCCCCUGCUCUAUUCCCCCCUGCUCAAUACCCCCCUGCUCUAUUCCCCCCUCCUCUAUUCCCCCCUGCUCUAUUCCCCCCUGCUCUGUUCCCCCCUGCUCUAUCCCCCCCUCCUCUAUUCCCCCCUGCUCUAUUCCCCCCUGCUCUAUUUCCCCCUGCUCAAUACCCCCCUGCUCUAUUCCCCCUUGCUCUAUUCCCCCCUGCUCUAUUCCCCCCUGCUCUGUUCCCCCCUGCUCAAUACCCCCCUGCUCUAUUCCCCCCUGCUCUAUUCCCCCCUGCUCAAUACCCCCCUGCUCUAUUCCCCCCUCCUCUAUCCCCCCCCUGCUCUAUUCCCCCCUGCUCUGUUCCCCCCUGCUCUAUUCCCCCCUCCUCUAUUCCCCCCUGCUCUAUUCCCCCCUGCUCUAUUCCCCCCUGCUCUGUUCCCCCCCGCUCUAUUCCCCCCUCCUCUAUUCCCCCCUGCUCUAUUCCCCCCUGCUCUCUCCCCCCUUGCUCUCUCUCUUCUCACCUCCUCACUCCGUUUCCCCCUUGCUCACUCGGUUUUCCCAUUGCUCAUUCUCUUUCCCCCUGCUCACUCUCUUUCCCCGUUGCUCAUUCUCUUCCCCGCUGCUCAUUCUCUUUCCCCUUGCUCAUUCUGUUUCCCCCUGCUCAUUCUGUUUCCCCCCUGUUCACUCCCUUCCCCCAUGCCCACCCUCUUUCCCCCUGCUCACUCCCUUUCCCCCCUUCUCACUCUCUCCCCCCCUCCUCACUCUCUUUCCCCCCUGCUCAAUGUCUCCCCUGCACUCUGUUUUUUCCUGCUCAUUCUGUACAGGUCCCCAGCACCAGGUGUAGGGAGGGAUCCACAAGUCCUGCUUUUUUGCUGCUGUGUAUGCAGACAAGAGUGGGAAAAGACAUAUUAUUGA